AUUUUAUUUUGUCCUGAUGGAGUGAUUGAUUUAGCGCUUAAAACUCGAGGUGUAAAUUGCGUUUCCCUUUCCUAUUUUUCGCUUUUUACUGAGGUGAAUGUUUUGCGAUCUGUAAUCACUUUUUAGGAAAUUUUGCACUGGGCUCCAACAUUCUAGCAGAAGGUGUCAGUCUCUAAGGUGAUAGACCCAAAGGAAGUCUUGGGCACAGCCGAUGUGCAAUCUUUGAGCGCGAAACUUGUCAGAAAGAGAGUUUUCGAGGAUCUGCUUCAGUGCUUCAGUCACGCUUUCGGAACACAAAUUUGACGUCAAUUCUAACUCAAGCUGAGUCUUUUAAGUUCGACAAGUAAGUAAACGGAUCACUUAACUUCGACCUAUACACAGUAAAGAACUUAGUUAGCCCUCUUAGGCCGUUGGACACUUGACGUUGUGAUACAGCGCGAUCGGUCACCAAAAAGAACUAUCGUAUUUCAUUAUCGACCGUUGCUGCUAUUAAUCUUACGUUGAAAUCUUCCCAGUUGGUUCGUGGUGAGAAAUUGAUCUUCUUCCCGUGUUUAAUGGCCCGUACUAAUUGUUAUAAUCAUUGGUGAAGUGGAAUGGCCAAGAGCCAUGAGAUGGAACAGUUUAGUUCUGCAAAUACUCGCAUUAAUCGCCGCGAGUUGUACCCAAAUUCUGCGGAGGAUAGAUCACCACCUUUUUACGACUCGGACUCUCCAAGCGAUACUCCGUUGGUUAAUAGCACCGUCGACAAUUUUCAUCUUAGUGCUGCAAGCCAAUCAACAUCACCGAGGUCAUCUCGCUCUUCAACUUUGGGUUCUGGUUUGUCAACACGCUCAGCAACAACUACAAGAAGCGAUGGCGAAAUUGAAGCCUUAGAUAACGUUCGAGUCGUAGCAAGAGCACGUCCUUUGAAUCUUGCUGAGAGAGAUAGAGGUGAUAAAAAUGUCUUAAAGCUACCAGGAGAUGGAGCUGUUUGGAUUGAUAACAGCUUUGGUCAGAUCAAGCCAUUUACCUUCAAUGCAGCUUUUGGUGAAGAAACCUCACAGCAAGACAUGUUUGAAGGAUGUGGCAUUAAACAUUUGGUUGAGAUGUCUGUGCAGGGGUAUUCCUGCACAGCUUUUGCUUAUGGUCAGACUGGCUCAGGGAAAACAUAUACAAUCACUGGACCACUUAAUCAGGAGGGUACUGCAGAUGUGGAUAGUUUCAUUCCAGAUCUAGACAUGCAAGGGCUGAUAGAAAGGUCUUUCCAGUAUCUCUUUGAGCUGAUGGAUAGCAAUACUGAUGUUGAGUACACCCUUAAAGCCUCAUAUCUCGAAGUGUAUAAUGAAAAGGUACAGGAUUUGCUCAACCCCUCGAGUGCAAGAGACUCACUUCCUGUACGCUGGGCCAGAGACAGGGGAUUCUAUGUAGAGAAUUUGUUUUUUGUUGAAUGCGACACAGUGGAUGAUCUCUCUGCUGUGUUGGAAGAAGGGUUGAGGAACCGUCAUGUUGGCUCACAUUUAAUGAAUGACCACUCCAGUAGAAGUCACACUAUGCUCACAGUUUACAUUGAUAUUGAAUCGAAGGACCCAGAGGAUGAGUCUGGUUAUCCUGUGAUUAAGCAUGGAAAGCUAAGUCUGGUGGAUUUAGCAGGGAGCGAACGUGUAAAAGAGACCAAAUCUGUGGGAGGCACGUUUACUGAGUCACAAAAUAUCAACAAAAGCUUGUUGACUCUAGGGAAUUGUAUUUCUGCUUUGAGUGAUCAAAGAAAAAAAAGCGGCCAUAUUCCGUACCGUGACAGUAAACUCACCAAACUUCUGGCUGACAGCCUGGGUGGAGAUGGUGUCACCCUCAUGAUCGCAUGUAUCUCGCCGUCUUCUUAUGUGGUGCAGGACACCUUAAACACCUUGAGAUACGCUCAUAGAGCCAAGCGGAUAAAGAACAAACCUGUGGUACACAUGGAUCCCAAAGAAAAACUGAUUUUAAGUCUAAAGCGAGAAAUAAAGUUGUUGAGAACAGAAAAUGCUUAUUUCCGACAACAGCUCGGAAUACCUAGCAGCGACUCGCAAACAUCUUUCACAAGCAACGAAAGCAAAACGACAAUUGUUACAGAGGAUGGCAGUACAUCGAAGCUUCAUGAUCCCUCGCCGAGUGAGUACUAAUAAGCGAUUGAUGUAGGGAUGUAUAUCACUUAGUUAGAAUUAUUGAUAUGGGAAAAAUUAUCUAGCAAGGGUCAGCAAGUCGGGGUCAGCAAGCAUUGGAGAAAACCCAGGUAUGCGAGGACCAACGAAAGUUAAAAACUGAAAUAAAGAUUGAACAGAAUCAUCAUCACCAUCAUAAACUUUAUUUCAUCUCGAAUUUUAGAGUAGCUUGAGGGAGCUAAUAUCAGAAGAAGAAAUAUUGAUUAAUAAAGCUAAACAAACAGAUCCAAAUUACUUUAAUAGAUGAAGAAUCGGCGUAGUUUUUGAUUUUUUAUUAGAUUUUUAUGAUAAUAUCAUCUAGUCAGACGA